AUGUCGCUUCUAUUCAAGAAAGGAAAUCCUCUUCCUCGAAAUCCUCGAAAUUUUCGUCCCAUCGCUCUACUUCCCACGAUCUACAAAAUGUUCAUUUCAAUCAUUGGGCAGCGGAAGAUAAUUUUCUUAAAGACAAGACAGCCUGUUGAUCAAGCCGGCUUCCGCAGAGCUCAUUCUACUGACGACCACAUCCACAACAGAGCAAUGUACGGAGGAACUGCUUUAAUAGAAAAGGCUGUCCCUCUGUACAUUGCUUUCAUCGACUAUCUCAAAGCGUUUGACUCUAUAGAACACGAUGCUCUGUGGAAAUCGCUGUGUUGUCAAGGGGUUCACCCGAAAAUCGUCCGCCUUCUCUCAAACAUAUAUGAGUCCGCCAUUGUAAAUGUAAAGAUAUGUGGCCACGUGAAGCCAAUCAAAAUGAGACGAGGCGUCCGUCAAGGAGACCCUAUCUCACCCGCACUUUAG